AUGGCGAGUGGCAUAGCACAGCGGCUAAGAGAAAUCUAUAGGAUUCAGGAGGACUCGGGUUCAGACCUUGCCUCUGCCAUGAAUUGGGUUGAAGCACCUGGUGAAAUGUACGAGUUCUUACCGUAUCCCUCCCGUUUAUUAUCUUGGGUCAUCUUUGUCUGUCUUCGGAGGCAGCUGAAAGGGAUGCUAAUGAUUGCCAGUGCAGUGACAAUAGUGCGAAUUUUCCAAGAAUUGCUCAAGACUCCCCCAGAUGGGAUUUACUAUGAGAAGGAUUUCAACAUUUGCAAAAAACGCUAUGCCUGGAAACAGCCGCUGAUGGGGUUUGAGCCUGACUGGUAUCUGUUCUUGAGAAGCCAUGACUUGUUCUGGAACAGCUCUACCCCCACGCCAAGCGAGGUAGACAAAGUCCUCCAGCAACAUCAUCUUCCAUUUGGACUGAAGGAUGCAGACCUCAUAGCAUUAGACACUUUGCAAUGGAUCCCUCAUCAGGAAAUCCCCAAGUCUAUUUCAAGUCUCCACUGCAGAACAUGCAUUGUGGUAGGAAAUGGUUACACCCUGCUUGGGCGAAGUUUGGGGAAGUUUAUCGAUUCACACCAUGUCAUCAUAAGAAUAAACGAUGCCCCUCUAAAAGGUUACGAGAAUGACGUUGGCAAGAAAACGACCUUUCGCUUCUUCUUCCCCGAGUCAGCAUUGUCUGACCCUUUAGCAAACAGCGACAAUGACACAGUGUUCGUCCUUGUCCCGUUCAAGACACUUGAUUUCCUCUGGGUGAAGGAGGUGCUUCAGAACAAGGAGGAGGAUGAGAAGGAGACUCUGGCUGGGUUUUGGCGCCAGCCCCCUAUGAAGUGGAAGGGGAAGGCCUCCCACUUGCGCAUACUGAACCCCUAUGUUACCUUCCAAGCAACAUUCAAAUUCCUCCAACUGGAUCAGUGGACUCAGAAACAUUCCACCACCGGCAUCAUUGCUUUGAAUUUCGCCCUCCACCUAUGCCAAGAACUUAACAUUGUGGGGUUUGGCUACCCUCAUAAUCAUGACCGAACCUCCCCGGUGCAUUACUAUGGCAUGGAUCGCUUGACCAGUGAAGUGGCACUGAUCCACGAUCUUACAGCUGAGCAGGAAUGGCUGCUGAAGAUGCAGGAGCGGGAGAUUAUCUCGAACGUGUUGCACCCUUCUACUUCCUGGGUCUGGGGACCCCGGCCCCAGUGGUGAUACCACCCGUUUUGGCUACACUGUUGUAAGCCCACCAUUUUCAGUGUUACAGGAUGUUACUUUUCAGAUGUUUUUGCAAGCUGUCGAGCAUACUCAACGGGCAGAGCUACUUCAGCUCCCUUUAAUUCUCAAUUUCUGUGUACUGGACGAGACCUGCUUCCCCAAACCUGUGCGCUCAGAGAAGAUGACCUGCUGAAUUCUGCUUGGGCU